AUGAAGGCUGUCUACUUCCUCUUCUGCCUCGCCCUGGCCUACCACUGCACGGCUAACAUCGUGCGUCACCAGUUCCAACCGAGGUUGGAUAAAUUCCUCAUCCAACCCCCCGGGCCAGGUUACGAGGAGCCAGAACAGAGGCAAUCAGAAUCUACCUCACAGUCUCAAGAAAGCGAGGAGAGCAAGGAAAGCAAGAAAAAGCGCAGCUACGAUAAUGUCGCGUAUCUUUCAGAAAACAGGAACUGGUUUUCGCCCUGGUUCUCAGUCUACAAGGAGGUCGAAAAGACACCUUACGGCGAUGUCAUCGACUGGCAGGGCAUUCAAUAUGCAGCGGGACCGAAGUCACCCGUCAAGAACGUGAAAGAAAUCGAAAACAUUUUCAAUGACGCUUACAAAACCUUGGAGCACUUGAGCGAGGAGGAAAAGAGAAUGAUACAUGCAGCCUUUGGCCCCGAGGAUGUAGCUCAAGCACCAUCUGUCCGCGCUAAUGCAACGGAACUACUUAGGAGUAACCAGUAUGAAGUAGAAGAACAUGUCGUCAAGACUAAUGACGGUUACUUCUUGACUGUGUUCCGCAUUCCGCCCAAGGAACAAGAACCACUCAGCAGUGAAGAGAUAAAGCGUCCCGUCGCAUUACUCAUGCAUGGAAUUGUUGGAAGCGCCGAUGACUGGUUACUCUUGGGGCCUAAAAUGUCUCUCGCCUAUAUGCUCGCUGACUUAGGAUGCGACGUCUGGCUCGGCAAUACCCGUGGCAACAAGUACGCUCGUCGUCAUGCCAGCAAGCACGAAUCUAACCCAGAUUUCUGGCAGUACAGUAUCGAUGAAAUCGCUACCAAUGAUGUACCUGCCAUGACCGACUACAUUCUUAAAACUUCAGGAAAAGAAAAGCUUUUCUACGUUGGCCACUCUCAAGGAAGUACCGCUUUCUUCGCUUUUAUGGCUGCUCUUCCCCAUUAUAAAGAAAAGGUUGCUAUGAUGUUCGCUCUUUCACCCAUGGUUUACAUGAAAAACGUACGCAGUCCUUUCUUCAAAAUGAUUUCACCUACUAGCGCCUUUUAUGAGAGCCUUCACGAGCAGCUCGGUAACGGAGAAUUCAAAAUCGGCAAGGAUCUCCUGGCCACAGUCGGGGGCAAUAUGUGCCAAAAGGAAGUCGGCUGUAGACACAUAUGCUCGAACUUAAACUUCGUCAUAACUGGUGCUGAUACAACCGGUAUUGAGUUCGCUAUGCUUCCAAGUAUUGUGAGCCACUUGCCAGCUGGCGCGUCGACGAGGAGCAUAAGACACAUCGGACAAGGAGUGGCGUCUCACGAGUUCAGAAAGUACGACUACGGAUCUAACGUCAACAGCAUGAUAUACGGCCAGAGCGAGCCUCCGAAAUAUAACAUGGCCAAUGUCGAAGUGCCAGUAGCGCUGUACUACAGCGAAGAGGAUUGGUUAGCACACCCCAAGGACGUCGAGAGGCUGCAGAAGGAGCUUCCGAACGUGAUCGACACCUACAAGGUGCCAGAGAAGCAUUUCAGCCACAUGGAAUUCCAGUUCUCCGAGAAAGCGCCCGAGUUGAUCUACAAACGUUUGAUUCUAUUGUUAGGGAAACAAUAUCGUGAAAUAAAUAAUAUUAAUUAACCAUCCUAGUGUAAGAGUAUUUAAUUUAAUAUUUUUUUGUACUAUCUAAUUUUAAUUUCAUAAGGCUUCUUUAGUAGGCUUCUUUUCGUAAGGCUUUAAUAGCGAAUUGAUUUAUUAUGCAUUCGUCCAAUAAAAAUAUAAUUUAAUAC